UUUUGACCAUAUGGGAAAAUGAGGAAAGUUCCUUUAAGCAAAAGAAGGAACAAAGUUCCAGUUUCAGAACAAAGUCCCUUUGGUUGAAGAGAAGAGAGAAGAAUGAUGACCGACUCGAAAGUGGAGACGAUAUCGAGGCUGGCUCAAUGGAAGAUUGAGACAUGGGGGCCAUGCUCUUACAGAAGGUCUGAUCCUUUCAAAGUCGGCCUCUGGAACUGGCACUUAUCAAUUGAGAAGAGCCGAUAUCUCUACAUCCGCCUUUUUCCAGAGCCCAGUCGAGUGGUAAAGGAGCAGCCUCCAUUUGUAAAGUUCGUUAUCCGCAUUUCAAAUAUUGGUGCUAGUCGCCGGCCUUACAUAUCACCUGUUCAUGAUAAACUCAUCCGGAGCAGCGAGGAUUUUGUCUGGCCUGUUGAUACCACCUUUCAUGGAAGAUUUGCCAUUGAUGUGGAGUUCCUGGACCUGAAGGUUGCUCAGCCAAAUGGUAGUGCUUGUUCCAUAUGGCCUAAUGAUGGGGCCAUACAAUCAAACUCAAGCAAGAGCACUCUUCGCUGCCUCUCCCGCAUGCUUGAUGAAGCCAUCCACACGGAUAUCACCAUCAACACGUCCAAUGGUACCGUGCGGGCCCACAAGGCCAUACUGUCAGCUAGCUCCCCAGUGUUUGCUAGUAUGUUCCUUCAUGACCUCAAGGAGAAAGAAUCAUCGACAAUUAACAUAGAGGACAUGAGUGUGGAGUCUUGCACUGUUCUUUUGAGCUAUUUAUAUGGUGGAAUUAGGCACGAGGACUUUUGGAAACAUAGACUUGCACUCUUGAAUGCGGCUGAUAAGUAUGAUAUGGGGGACCUAAAGGAGUUGUGCGAGGAGAGCUUGUUAGAGGACAUAGAUUCAAGCAAUGUGCUCGAAAGGUUGAGGGAGGCAUGGCUUUAUCAGUUAGUGAAGUUGAAGAAAGGGUGUUUGAUGUAUCUCUUUGAUUUUGGGAAGAUAUAUGAUGUGAGAGAUGAGAUUGAUUCUUUCUUUCGACAUGUGGAUAGGGAGUUGAUGGUAGAUAUGUUUCAGGAGUUGCUCAAUGCUGGCAGGGUGGGGUAAGAGACAUGUAUGGCUUACUGUUUUAUGGGUUAGGUGUGAAUCAUGUGUUAUAUAUUAUUUUAUGCAUAUUUUGUAGGAGAACGUACUGUGAAUAUUUUGUAGAAGACAUUUAGUUAAUGUAUUUCUUGGUUUUCUUCUGUGUCA